UGUAAGAAUGGACGAGGACGAGACCAAUUGCAUUCUAUUUCUCAACGUAAACUGACGUCAACGUAAAUACACAUGACCAGAUCACCGAUCAGCUGUCGUAAUUUUGUGUAUUGCAAAUAUUAACAAUGGCGUUGCCUACCACAAUGGCAGCCGCCACGAUACGAGCCGUUAAAGGAAGAAAAAUUAUUCCUACUCGUGCUGCGCUUAUUCUGACACCCAAUGCUGUUAAGAAGAUUAAAGAGAUUUUAAAAAAUAAAAGCGAAUAUAUUGGUCUUAAGGUUGGAGUACGGCAACGAGGAUGCAACGGUUUGAGUUACACUCUGGAUUAUGCUAAAGAAAAGUCUAAACUUGAUGAGGAAGUAGUCCAAGAUGGAGUUCGUAUAUUCAUUGAUAGGAAGGCACAGCUUUCACUUCUCGGAACAGAAAUGGAUUACAUUGAGAGCAAAUUGAGCUCAGAGUUUGUGUUCAACAAUCCAAAUAUCAAAGGGACAUGUGGGUGUGGGGAAAGUUUUUCAGUAUAGUGAAAUUUAAUGUGUGAGAAAUUUAUUUAGAAUUUAGUUAAAUAUUCAAUUAUCUAGUUAAAGUAAUGUAAUAUGUAUACAUGUACAUGUAUAUAUAUCAUCAUUGCUUAAAUAUUUCUCUACGUAGUCGAGAACUGAGUUUGUAAUAUAAAGCAGGUACAUAAAACAAGUGUCAAGAGUUUAUUUUUGUGGAAAUCUUA